AUGAACAAGUUUUUAAUACGAGGUCUCGGUUUUUUUACCGAUGCUUACGAUCUAUUCGUCAUGAAUGUCGUCAACGUCGUACUUACAGAACAGUAUGGCAAGCACGUGUACACGUCCAGCAUGAAAUCGUGGGUCUCUGCAGCAGCUCUCGUUGGUGCCGUCGUGGGUCAAAUACUGUUUGGAUUUUUGGGUGAUGUCUUUGGUCGACGUGUCAAUAUGAUUGCUACGUGCGUGCUCCUUAUUCUCGGUGGAAUUCUCUGCACAGUCGCUUAUGGUGGUACAGCUGAAGCCACGCUGUGGUUUCUGGUGGGUGCUCGAUUUAUCCUUGGUGUCGGUAUUGGGGGUGAGUACCCUUUGGCUGCUUCAUCAACGGCUGAAGACGCUACUUGUGUGGCUGAUCGUAAUCAACGUGUGGCGCUUACGUUUUCUCUACAGGGAGUUGGUUCCCUCACUGCUGCUAUUUUUGGCAAUCUUCUUAUCCAGGCUCUUGCCAGUGGUGACAAGGACAUGAACCCUGACUACCGUCUUGAGACGGUGUGGCGUCUACUUUACGGCAUCGGUGUCAUUCCAGCCAUGGUCGUGUGCUACUCACGCAUCACGGCAGAAGAAACAGAUGCUUACAAAGCUGCUGAGGAACGUCGUCAAGCUGCUGCUGUGGCCAACCCAGCCAGUGCCUCACGUGCUCGUCUCUCGUUCAUCAUUCGUCACUACGGUGUCCGACUUUUGGGUACUGCCGGCACGUGGUUCCUCUUUGAUAUUGUGUUUUACGCUCAGAAUUUGUUCUCGGCCAGUAUUUUGUCCGUAGUUGGUGUCAAGAACGCUUCGUUGCAGGUCGUGACGGCACAAAAUGCCUUUGUUGCUCUCAUGGCUCUACCCGGGUACUACGUUGCAGUAUGCUUUAUCAAUCGCCUCGGCCGUAAAGUUAUCCAGCUUCAGGGUUUUGCAGUCAUGACCAUGCUGUUCCUGGCACUUGCCAUCUUUUGGAAUGACAUCAAGGAGAAAGCUGUACUCUUCAUCAUUCUGUACGGUCUUGCUCUCUUCUUCUCCAAUUUUGGUCCCAACAUGUCGACCUUUGUAAUGCCUACGGAGAUGUUUCCAACACCGAUUCGUUCGACGUGCCACGGUAUGUCGGCUGCUGCUGGUAAGGCCGGUGCUGCCCUUGGUUCGUUUGGUUUCUCCAUUUGGGUCGAGAAUGAAAACUUUGGCUACAACGGUGCCUUCUACACCUUUGCUGGUAUCACACUGGUGUCGAUCUUGCUUACGUGGUUUUGCACUUUCGACAAUGAGCAGGGCUUUGACGAAAUGGACGCUGAUUUUUACCAGAAGUUGCAUGGUGCUGAUAACUUUACACGUGAGUCCUUUAGUUCAGUUGUCAAGCUGUACGAUUUAGACAAGGAAGGAGGGUACAAGUCCACUUCAACUCCACAGUAA